UCCUAGUUUAACUUCCUUAUAUGUUUCAAGGUAAGCUGAAACUCUUUCCCUUAUAUAGAAACACCUCUGGGUGUAAGAAUGCACUACUACAGGUUUGUGGCAGACACAAGUUGGAAGGAAUUCUGCCUUUUGCAGACUUUGUGCUGGAUGAUGGAAUAUUAGGAAGUUCAGGUAAUGAAAACUACAGGGCUCCAAAUUCAGGUCCUGUCUCAUCGGACAUUAGAAUACUUAUGCCCAUAUGAUCACUGAGAGGACUGAUAUGUCACCUAGGUUAUACCCAGCCUUCCUUUGGCUACUUGUUGGAAAGCACAAGAGAUUUUUAAGGGAAACAGUGGGAAAAAGAGAUAGGUGGCCUUUGGCCUUUUUUUCUUUAAAAUAUAUUAUUUUUCCAGUAUUUUAACUGGUCACAAUCAUACAAGCUGCUGCACACAAAUAAAUGAUGCUAAAGGAGCCCAGAAUUAAUGUCAGGAGCUAGUUAAGCAGGUUAAUAAAGUGGUACAAAGACAUAAUGGCUUGUACUGAGUGAAGAAUGGGAAAAGUGAUCCUCUGGGCCGAUGCUAAUGCUUUCUAAAUUGUAUGUUGAUGUGUAGUGCUGAAGCAGAGUAGGAAAAGAUGCUUUGCUUCUUGCUGUUGAGAUGAUUUCUGGUCCUUUCUCAGGUCAUCUGGUUGCUCAUGUCUUUGCCAAGCUUUCACUCCUUGGGUUGGAAUUUUCAAUGGCAAGUGUUGGCCCCCGGCUGAGCAAUCGAAAAGUUCCUUAACCCAAACAGCAGGAUGCUUUCUAAAACAAGACUAGGAAAAACCAGUGUCUCUUCCUGUGCCUGAAGUCCUUCCAGUUGUGUGAUUGGGUUGUGCUAGUUCCUGCUUCCCCUCAUGGACCUUGGGAAGGUGCCUCUAAAUUGGGAGGAAGUGUUUCUUUGUUUAAGUUUUCCAUGUCUGGGAAAGCUGGGUCAGUUUUAAAGUUGUGAAAGAUUGUCUUCUGAAUCAGAUAGUGUGACCUUGCAGUCCUGUUCCUACUGCUGUGUUUAGGUGAAUCUAGGAGGAUGGGGCAAAGCAAUAGAAAUUCUAAAAUAAAGACUAAGGAGCUCUUGAGUUUGGACAUGAGUUGGCAGUUAGUGACAGGAGAUUGGGGCUGGCUUAGCAAGUGACCAUGAGUCACCAGGGAGAAUUGAACAGAGCACAUGGUGGUGGGAGAUGGAGGUAACAAGCAAAACUAAAUAUGGAAGCAAAUAAUAAAUAUGGACAAAAAGCUUGGAGGUGAAGGCUUAAGCAUUAGAAUGGGGAUAGAUUAUGGCUUGACAACCUUAAUCCUCAUAUUUCUUAAUAUCUGGAUACUUUUCUUACAGCCUGAGCAGUUUUUUCAUGUGUAAGAAAAUUCUGAGAAACCAUUUGAAGGCAGUCUUCACAGGCACUUCAGUGUCCUUUGAGACACAGAUGAGUGCAAUGUUUAUUAGGAAGCUUCUGAGGUUUGGGGGAUGUAUGACUAGAAAAGAAAUCAGAUAAAUGUGUUGAACUAGGUUAAGCAGUGCUGUGUAUUUCAGGGUUAGUUGGAUGGAAACACAUAUCUAAUGAUUCAUGAGGUUGUAUGCGAUACAACUGGCUAUUGGCCAAAGGUUGCCCUGAUUUCUGAAAAAUAACAGCCUUCCUUUUGCUACCAAGGUAAAUCAGUUAUACUAUGCAGUAUCAUGAGCUGACAAUAAGACUGGAAAAUUGAAUAGAAACAGCAGGCACUUCACCGCAUUUGUAGCCUGAACCUUGCUAAAUAUGAUUUUGUUUAGAACAGGACUUGUGAGCUCUGACUGGGAACUUGCUCCCUUGUGGCCAGAAACCAUACAAAUGCAUGAAAAUGAUGCUUCUCCAGGGCAAGCAGUGACAUUCCUUGUCCUGCUCUUACCAUAUCUGGCAGCAGAGAUUUUUAAAAAGAACAAAAAGGAGUCUUAUGUUGAUUUCUUGCAAACUAUUUUAGUGUAGUUCUUGCCUUAAACCUGUAAAUUCUGGUCAACCCACACUGUGUGUUUCAGCAGUCUUGCGCCAAAGUUUUAAGCAGAUGGCAGACCCACCACAUUCCUGAGUAAGUUGUUUCAAACAAGAAAAGGUUAUUUCUUUUGUUGUUGUUGUUUUUGGGUUUUUUUUUUACUUGAAUUUGCCAUGAUUUGAAUUUCCAAUAAUUUAAUCUGAAUGUCUUUUUCUAACAGGUGAAGCAACUAAUUACUCUUAGAAGUCUUUUUGUUUUGGAGAUCUGUGCUGACAGUGAUUAAGGGACUUCAGACUUUACCUUAUCUAAAAUUAUUAUUUUCAGCUCUAAUGUCAUAUAGUGGGAUUUGGGGGUUUUGUUGCUCUUUUUUUUUUUUUUUUUUUUCCCCACUCUGUCAUUAUGUUUUUUGACCAACACAAAAACUUAAAUUGAACAAAGCAUUUUGAUAAGUUAACCAUUAACUUCAUUCAGGGAUAGUGCCACCUGUGAAUUAUUUUUUGAAGUGUUUCAGUUCUUCCAGAGGGCACAUUUGUACAGUACUAGGUCCUAAGCCCAGAUGUAUAAAGUCGGUGAGAAAUGAAAGCUGGUGGGUAGAUGUGCCCAUUCUGCCCAAGUAUUUCAUUUUAGAAAUAUCUAAUAAGGAAAUCAGUAAAGAAGAGGUACAUGGAAAAAGCAGAAAAACAGAAUCUAAUCCUACUAAUGUGUUUUUCUGGCCCCUACCAUUUUUGGAAGGAAGCUGGGCUCACUACUCACUAGGCACUUGGAGUUGAAUAUUGUCUCUGACUUGUCUGGGUUUUUUUGUUUGUGUUUUUUGGGGUUUUUUUUGUCUUUUUUUUUUUUUUUUUUUUGCAGGGACUGUUGGUCAUUGAAAAUGGAAGAAACAAGGAAGCUUUCCCUGAAGCUGAGUGAAAGCAAAGACCCUGUGAAAACAGAAUGGGGAUCUCAGAGCGUGGUGUUCACCUAUUUCCAAGGGGACAUUAACAGCAUGGUAGAUGAACAUUUUUCUAGAGCUCUCAGCAAUGCCAAGAACCCCCAAGACCUGAGCACAAAGCACAAGGGUGAGACUGUUGUCCUGAAAAAAGACAGCAUGUCUCCCCAUCAGUGGAAUUUCUCUUCACAUUGCUACAAACCAUAUCCAUCAUUUUGUUCAACAAGCAUGGUAAAUUCUGCUCUGAAUUUUUCUGCUGCUGUUGUGGUAGGCCAGUGCCAGCCACCAUCUCUGUGUAGUCGUCCAGCUCAACCUGCAGAUUUAUGGCCCUUCUCUCCAACUGGGACUCCCAGUGUCACCGGUUCAGUAUAUCCUCACACCCUCCCUGACCUGCAUGCAGCCAAUGAGCUGAUCUCUGAGGGGAAAUACAGUUCUCUUCUUGGCCUUCUGCAACAGGAAAGGUGCUUAACACUCAUGCAAGAAUGUACCAUGAAGCAACACUCAAGUUCUGCUUGUAUGACUGGACCUGCAAGGUUACAAAAUAUGAGUCAAAGUUCAGCUUCUGGGGAGAGGAAAGCAAGCUCUUACCAAGACUCAGAAAAUCCCAGUGUAAGCCAUGCCACUGCAGGUGUUCAGAUUCAUGACAGAAGAGAUUUGUACUUCUAG